CGACGCACUUCUAACCUUGCGUUCCAUGUCAAAGUCAAAACCGGACAACAUAACCUCAUCCAUUUACGUUAUCAUUUAUCAUUUUCCAUCAUCCAAGGGGGCCUAUCGUGCGAACACCACAUUUCCAGUUCAUGUGCCGUACUGCAAGAACUCGGAUAUGUCAUCGACCACACUGAAAUGGCAAAUAGCCCUCGGUCUAGGGGCCGUAGGUGCGGUUGGGCUAGCCUACUGGUACCUAAAGACCAGCAAGGAGCAGACGCUUCAGAAGCUAGAGAACAGCAAAGAGGUCCAGAAGGAGGAGACGCCAUUCCAGCUAGCCCAGCGCUACAAGAGCGAGGGUAACGAAUUGUUCAAGAGGGGCAAGUAUGAUGAGGCUAUUCAAAUGUACAAUAAGGCUAUUGAGACUAUACCAGAAGAAUAUAAGGCUGAUUUGGCUACAUACUAUCAAAAUAGGGCAGCUGCAUAUGAACAACUGAAGAAGUGGAGCUCUGUUAUUGCUGAUUGUUCAAAGGCAAUUGAGUUGAAUAACAGAUAUGAGAAAGCACUAUAUCGUCGAGCUAAAGCAGAAGAAAUGACAAAGGAUUGGGAGAAUGCUUUGGAUGAUAUCACCUCAGUGUGUCUCCUGCAAAACUUUGGCAACCAGAGUGCUUUGAUGAUGGCAGAUAGAGUAUUAAAGGAACUUGGCAAGAAAAAUUCUGCUGAGGCAAUGAAGAACAAGAAGCCCAUAAUGCCAUCAAAGAUCUUCAUAAAAACCUAUUUUGCAUCAUUCUCGGCUGAUCCUGUUUAUAAGAAACUGAUGGAAGCUACUGAACCUCUUGGUCUAGGAGACUUGAAAGCUCAACUUAUCUCUUACUUGAUUUUUGCAGGGUUCCUCAAGGCCAAACUGGCCUUUGCCACUGAAAAAUAUGAAGAGAUCAUUCCAGCAUGUACAGAGGAACUGAACUUAAGCGAAUCAGAGUCUACAUACAAACUUGAAGCCUUAUUAUUGAGAGCAUCUUUUUACUUUUUGACGGCUCAGUUCAAAGAGUCUGUUGUUGAUUUGACCACUAUUAUUGAAGACAAGGAUGCUGACGAGCUAUUUAAAGUCAAUGCUCUUAUAAAGAGGUCAACCAUAUAUAUGCAAACAGAGAAGCUUCAGGAGUGUCUUGAUGAUUUUGACAGAGCGGUUGAGCUGGGACCAGAAAUAUCAGAUGUCUACCACCACCGCGGUCAGGUAAAACUUCUCAUGGACAGGACAGACGAAGCUCGUCAGGACUUCAAAAAGGCUGUGGAAUUGAAUCCAGACUUUCCAUUCUCUGUCAUACAGAAAUGUUACUCCGACUACAGGCACGCGAUGCAAUCUCAAGAUGCCUUUUUGUUAGCGCAGGCAAUGCAGGACUUCAGGAACUCCAUCGAACGAUUCCCGAGUUGUCCAGAAACGUAUAUUCUCUUUGCACAGGUAAAGACUGAGAAACAAGAGUUUCAAGAGGCCGAGCAAUUGUACAAGAAAGCGUUGGAAAUGGACCCAAACAAUGCUUCAUUAUACGUUCAUAAAGGUUUGUUGCUACUACAGUGGAAAGGAGAAAUCGAAAAAGCUGUUGAAUUAAUGAAAGAAGCAAUCAGAAUUGAUGAGAAGUCCGAGUUUGCUUACGAAACGUUGGGUACGGUUGAAGUGCAAAGGGGCAACCUGGUGGUGGCUAUCGACCUCUUCAACAAAGCUAUAGCUCUGGCUAGGUCAGAAAUAGAAAUGGUCCAUCUCUUUUCUCUAAGAGAUGCUGCUUCGUCCCAACUGAAGAUCGCGAACAGACUAGAAAUCGGUCCAAAUCUGCUGAAACUGGUUUCAUAAGCUCCUUGUAUGUUAUUAGAUGUUAUGUACUGAAAUUAUUGUGAGGUAUUGUGAACUGGGCAUUCCUAAAUUCCAAAAAGUGUCAUUCCAUGUGACGUAGUACACUCGAAUCUAAUGAUCACUCUUGAUCUUAGAAAAGAUAUAGUGAUUUUUAUCGACUUUUAAUAGAUGACGGGGUGGUAGUUUUUGUUCUGUCUCUUCACAGGGUUGAAAUGAUAAUGGAGACUUCAAGUAACAGGAGGGGUGCAGAAAUAUUAUACUUUUGACUGUUUUUCUAGCAUGUUUCGAUUCAGUAUCAUUACAUGGAAUUGGCUCAAACACAGGACGCAUAUAAGUAGCUUUUUGCAAUACGAAGACUGGCGUCUUGGUUUUUCUUGUGUGAAAUAUAUUUUGUAAUAAAAUGUUUUAGUAAACUAUUUAUUUUGUAGUCACUUUGUUUAUGUACCAUUCCGAUUGGGAUUUUGUUGGUUGAAUUACGAUCGUUUAUGACUGAUUGUUUAUUCGCAUGUUAUGUUCCUAGAUUUGAUAAUCCGUUCACGCUGCACAGUUUUUACAAUGUUACAUAGAUAAUUGCAGUUGUAUGUUUCCAGAAUGUUGUACAUAAGUGUACAAUGUAGUUGUUUUUUGCAGAAGGCAAUAUUUUCCUGUUUAAAUAAAUGUUUUAUUGUAUUCCCUGUUUCGAUUCCCCAUCUUUGAAUUCGUUUGAGAAUCGUGUGAAUGAAUCUGCGUUAUAUGCAAAAUUGGCAGAAAGCACGAGUUCUAAAAAAAAUACCUC